AUGUCUACUCCAAUGUAUCCUUCUAAUAAAAUUAAACCCGAAAUGGCAAAACCUGUACAUGUAACAACCGCUGAGGAUUUUUAUUUUGCUUUAAUGCCCUCGUACUGGUUAUCAAAAAUAAUCGGCGUCUUACACCUCUCCUUUGAAGGUCAACCUCCAAACCGCAAACUUAUUGUUUCCAAGAAUUUUAUCUAUCUUGCUGCAGUGCGCAUUUUAAUCGUUUUUGCUGUUGUCGCGUUUUUUCACACUUCGCUCAUAUAUGAAGGAUUGCCGGAUGAAAUGACUACCGUUGUACUAGAUAUCGACGUGUAUUGUGGAAUCAUCGUGACCAUUAUUGAGUUAAUCUCAGCUAUGUUGUCCAGGAAGAGUGACCUGCGUACAAUUGAACAAUUUAUUGAACUGGACAAACGUCUUUCUUCAGCUGGCAUUAAAAUUGAUUAUAUCAAAGCUAGAAGAGUAGCAAUCAUCGAAAUUGCAUUGGUGUUGGCUCAGAAUAUUUUCAAAACCAUCAUGCUUGUUAUCACCGCGCCGUACAGAAUUAUUUUAAUCAAUUCCGGAUUGAAUAUUAUGAGUAUGCUGAACUCGUUUCAGCUGAAUGAGUAUAUUAACAUGGUGUUAAUGUUAAAGCAAAGAUUUAAUUGGUUAAACAAAGCAAUUCUUGAUAAUUACGAAAGAAAAUGGCGGCGUGAUGAUUGUAAAAAGAGUGAAGUAAAGAAAAACAUACAAACUUAUGGCAAGUUGUAUAAUGACUUAAGGAAACUGUCCAAACGUGUUGAUUCAACCUUCGGGUUUUUUGUGUUGGUGUUGAUUAUUUCCAGAUUUAUAAUGUUGAAUACACUAUUGAUAUAUUUGUAUACAACUAUAAAAAAUCCAAAUAUUCGUAAUGGUACAGAAUAUGCGUCAAUUGCAAUCAAUACUGGUUUCCAUGCAUACAAGUUAAUAAUGAUCACUUGCAUUCCCGCAUCGGCUACAAAUAAAGCUAAAGAAACGGGUAAAUGUUUACAUCAAAUGUGGGAUUUAGAUCAGGACAUCAGGGAUGAGAUUGCUUAUUUCUCAAUGCAAGUAAUACAACAAACGCCUAAUUACACUGCAAACGGUUUUCUUCGCCUUGACUAUCCGUUAGUCACGACUAUUUUAGGAACAAUUACAACUUACUUGAUCAUUGUAAUACAAUUUGAUAUUAAUUUCAAUGCUCCACCAACCACAUGUCCUUGA